CUCGCUGGUGAACGAACAGUGGCGUUGUUUGUGCGGCAAUCGGACGGUUUGAAUUAUAAAUUUGCAAUUCCUUCAGUUUAAAAUAUACGAAAGUGUUUUAGAUUAAAAACAAAAAUAGUAUAAAAUUAUCAAAUAAAUAUUUGGUACACGUAUAUACUUAAAGUCAAUCGAAAAUCGAUUGCAGCUUAUGAGAUAAUCGACAGAUUUAAGCGUAACAAUUUCGUGUAAGAAAAACAAACAGAAAGUGCAAAUUAAUAUCAAAUAAAUAAAAAUGUCUGCACGCAUGCGCAACACGUUACAUAGUGACUUUGGCUUCAAGUUAACAUUGCUGCCGCCACUUUGGCUGUUGCUGUUUGUGCAACUCGUGUUGCAAUUGGCUAAUGCAGUUGCUGCCAAAGAUUUGCCAAGCAAUUUUGACAAGUGCAAACGUGAUGAGAAUUUCGACAAAUGCCUCGUUGAUGCUGUGAACAAUGCCAUUUUGCUGCUGAAGGAUGGCAAUAAGGAGUACGGUAUACCACCACUCGAGCCACUUGCUAUUAAAUCAUUAGUUAUCGACUCUGGUAAUGCACCAAUUACGCUGAAACAAAGCCUGAAGAAUUUGCUGGUGCACGAUAUGAUCUCAACCAGUAAGGUGCAGCGCUAUCGCACUGAUCUCAACAAUCACCUUAUUAUUUGCGACAGUAAAACCGAUCGUAUUGAAAUGGUAGGCGAUUAUGAGAUGUCAGGCCGUAUACUACUGCUACCCAUUACAGGCAAUGGAAAAGCCAAUCUAACGCUGAUCAAUACACGCAUCGAACAUCGUCUCAUUGGUGAACCAUUCAUGCGCGAUGGCGUCAAAUAUAUGCGUCUCAAGGAGUACCGUGUCGAUCUGAAUCCAAAACGUGUUUAUAUGCAGUUUGAAAAUCUUUUCAAUGAUCGUCUACUAUCGCAGACAAUGAACCGUUUCCUUAACGAUAACUGGGACACGGUAUUCAAUGAGUUGAAAGUUGGCUAUUCUCGUAGUUUUGGUAAAAUUUUCCGUGAGAUUUCUAAUAAGCUCUUCGAAGAGAUACCAUUCGAUUCGAUAUUUUUGAGUCCUUGAGUGGGCAGAGCUUUAAGAAGGGCUUAAAGUUGUAAACGAGGACAUGACCUGAGUAUUUUUUAGUAUUUAAUAAAAGUCGUAAGGCUUAUUGUUUAGUGUUGUGAGCGUAAGAGUAUGUGAGAUGAGUUGAGCUUUCUGGAAUUUAUUAUUAUGUGGUAGAGUAUAAGAUGUUAAAUUAAGAGAUUUGAUUAUUAAGACAAGUAAAUGUGAAUAAAUAAAAAUAAAAUGUUUGCAGAUAUGUAUAUAAUAUUGCAUAUAGAA